UCAAACCUUAUAAAGGGAUAACGAACGGGGAAGCCUAUCAUUACCCCACUCUAUCCCCUUCCUCUUCCUCACUCCCGCUCUCCGCUUGUCUCCCUCUUCCCUUAUCUAGCCCCUCAUCCAUUCCUAAACCCUUCCAUAAUUAAUACCCUUGCAUAAAUUCGCCCAAUCCUUCGUCUCCACCACCUGCUAUUCUCUACUUAUCCCCUCCUCCCCCGCUUUCCGUGAAAAUUACACAAUCUCUUAAUUCCCCCUAUUCCAUACCGCUAAUUCCUUUCCUUAAAGUUCCCAAUUGUUUUAUUCCCGCAAUAUCAUAUCGCUCAUUGCCAUUUUUUUAAUUGCUCCUCCCGGUCGACGAUAAGGAAGGAACGAGAAAAGACGAAGAAUAACAAAAUGGCUUCCUUCGCUCAUCUCCUCUGCAACCCGGUGGGCUCCUGGGCCCACCUCUCCACCCGCUCCUCCUCCUUCCUCUCCCCGUCCUUCCCGUUCCUGCCCUCCUCCGCCUCUGCCCCCUCCGCCCGCCGCCGCCGCCGCCCCGCCUGUGCAGCGAUGGAGGUCAACGCCGCCGCGUCCGCCGCGGUGCCGUCGGCUGUGGAGUUCAACUUCAAGGGGUACAUGCUCCAGAAGGCCGCCGCCGUGAACCGGGCCCUCGACGCCGCCGUUCCUCUCGCUUACCCGGAGCGGAUUCACGAGGCGAUGCGCUACUCCCUCCUCGGCGGGGGCAAGCGCGUCCGCCCCGUUCUCUGCCUCGCCGCCUGCGAGAUCGUCGGCGGCCGCGAGCGCCAGGCUGUGCCUCCCGCCAGCGCCGUGGAGAUGAUCCACACCAUGUCCCUCAUGCACGACGACCUCCCCUGCAUGGACAACGACGAUCUCCGCCGCGGCCAGCCUACCUGCCACCGCGUCUUCGGCGAGCCCGUUGCCGUACUCGCCGGCGACGCCCUCCUGGCCCUCGCCUUUGGCCACCUCGCGGACCCUGCUUCCUACCCCGCUGACGACCCUGUCCCCCCCGCUCGUGUUGUCCGCGCCGUCGCGGAGCUCUCCCGCUGCGUCGGCGCCGAGGGCCUCGUCGCGGGCCAGGUGGUCGACCUCGAGUCCACGGGGCUGGGAACCCCGGUCGGCCUCGAGCGCCUCGAGUUCAUCCACCUUCACAAGACCGCCGCCCUUCUGGAGGCCUCGGUGGUGACAGGAGCGAUUGUCGGCGGGGGAUCCGACGACCAGAUCGAGCGGCUAAGGCGCUAUGCUAGGUGUGUUGGAUUGCUGUUCCAAGUGGUGGAUGACAUCCUCGAUGGGACCAAGUCGUCGCAGGAGCUCGGGAAGACGGCCGGGAAGGACCUGGCCAGCGAUAAGACCACUUAUCCGAAGCUCAUGGGGCUGGAGAAGUCGAGAGAAUUCGCCGAGGAGCUGCUCAAGGAUGCAACGGAGCAGCUUUUGGAGUUUGAUCCCAUGAAGGUGGCACCUUUGCUUCAUUUGGCCGAUUACAUUGCCCACCGGCAGAAGUAGAGCUAUGGAAAGCAGUGACAGAUGGCGGGUAGUCACAGAAGUAGCUACAUAUGGGAUAAUUGAUCUAUCAGUGGAAGCAACCUUCUUCUCCUCUUUCUCCUCUCGGUUACAGGUCAAUGUUCUGUUGUUGUUUAAUCUUCGUACUUAUAUUUGCCCCGUUCUUUCUAAGAUGUAUUGGAACUUGAUAAUUUAUGGCAUGUUCUUUGGUGAUUAGCAUGUUGAUAUUACCAUCAAUGCAGGGAUCCAACACCCGAAUCGAGUUACUUUAUGGUCAUACGAAUAUGUCUGCAAUUAUUUCAUAAAAGUGUACUGCAACAAGUUCUUUCUA